CAGCCGCUGCCGCGCGCUGGCCAAGACUCGCGCAUCUCAAACAAAAUCUUCUCCUUUACACUCCAAAACAAACGGACUGACACCGUCAACAGCAAUACAAUAUACCCAAACCCCGGCGCCGCUGCGCGGACACCGAAAAAAGGCCAGCGAAACAAUGUUGUUUUGAACUGUCUUUUUAUUCUGAGCGUGAAUCUUGGUUUGUUUAUCUUUUCGUAGUUUGUCAGGCAAUGGUCGCGAGGAUCUUUUUGGAGAGGGCGCUGCGCGUGUGCGUGAGAGCUCAAUAAACAGACAGACGUCUCAAGUGUCUGGUGCGCGCUAAUGAAUAGACUUCACUGAAUGGAUUUUUAUAUUUAGAGCUUUAAUGCGCCUCUUCUCCCAACGGGAAAUAGUGGACCGCGAGGCAGAAACGGACGCGCUCAGCGACCUCGCAGCAUGGCAUUUUUAUGACAUUUAAAGCGAUAAGAAACACUCGGACAGGAGACGCUGGCCGAUUUUUAUGUGCUUUCCAACUGUUUUCGGUGCGCUAACGCGGUGUAAACUCCAGCCGGUGACAAAAUGAUGGCUGGCGGUGCAGUUCAGCAGAACGGGAUCUUCUCUACUCCUCAGCACCUCUCACAGUCGCCACACAUGGACACGGAUCUCUCCGAUUCCCGAAAGCGACCCCUGGAAACACCGACUGAGGCGAGCAGCACCAAGCGCUCCAACACCGGGGAGGAGGGUGAAUAUUUCCUGAAGGUGUUGAUUCCCAGCUAUGCCGCUGGUUCAAUCAUCGGUAAAGGGGGGCAAACCAUCGUCCAGCUUCAGAAAGAGACUGGAGCCACCAUCAAACUGUCCAAAUCUAAAGACUUCUACCCAGGUACGACAGAGCGUGUUUGUUUGAUUCAAGGUACGGUGGAAGCUCUGAAUGGAGUUCAUAACUUCAUCGCUGAAAAAGUUCGUGAGAUGCCUCAGAGCAGUCAGAAGACCGAACCAGUCAGCAUUCUCCAGCCACAGACUACUGUUAACCCUGACCGUGUUAAACAGGCUAAACUGAUCGUGCCCAACAGCACAGCAGGACUCAUCAUCGGUAAGGGUGGGGCAACAGUUAAGGCUGUGAUGGAGCAGUCAGGAGCCUGGGUACAGCUUUCUCAGAAGCCUGAGGGCAUCAAUCUGCAGGAGCGUGUCGUGACAGUGAGUGGGGAGCCAGAGCAAAACCGCAAGGCCGUGGAGAUCAUUGUUCAGAAGAUUCAGGAGGACCCACAGAGCAGCAGCUGUCUCAAUAUCAGUUACUCCAACAUCACAGGCCCUGUGGCCAACUCCAACCCAACUGGAUCCCCCUUUGCCAACUCUACAGAGGUGUUACCCAACGCCGCAGCGGCAGCUACAGCCUCCACGCUCCUUGGCCAGGCGGGUCUCGUGGGCAUGGGUGGGUUCCCUGCCGCCAUGUCAAGUCUUUCCGGUAAUGAUCUGCUUACCAUUACAUCUGCUCUGAACACUCUGGCCAGUUAUGGCUACAAUACCAAUACACUGGGGCUUGGCCUCAACCCAGCCGCUGCAUCUGGGGUGCUCGCUGCCGUUGCGGCUAGCGCCAAUCCAGCGGCUGCAGCAGCCGCCAAUCUGCUUGCUACAUACGCCAGCGAGGCCUCUGGAGGGGGCGGUCACCAUGUCGCACCUAGCUUAGGGGGCUUCUCACUGGGCUCCCUAGCAGCCGCCACAGGGGUGUCUAACGGUUACCUGAAUCCCUCAUCCCCGCUGGUGGCAUCAUCUCUACUGGGCACAGAGAAGCUAGCAGAAGGUGGGAAGGAAGUGGUGGAGAUCGCUGUUCCAGAGAACUUGGUCGGUGCCAUCUUGGGAAAAGGCGGCAAGACUCUCGUGGAGUAUCAGGAGCUGACAGGUGCGCGAAUUCAGAUCUCCAAAAAGGGAGAGUUUAUUCCAGGCACACGCAAUCGCAAGGUGACCAUUACAGGGUCGCCGGCAGCAACGCAGGCCGCCCAGUAUCUCAUCAGCCAGCGAAUCACAUACGAGCAAGGCGUCCGUGCCACCAACCCUCAGAAGGUGGGCUAGGGAUGGACAGGAGUGGGGAGGGGAACGACGAAAGCAAAGGAAACCAGAGAGAAUGAAGUGGUGACUGAAUGAAUGAAAUCGAAGGAGAAAGGGAUGGGUUGGAGCGAUGUCCAAAUAUUUAAACACAAAAUAUGGACUAUUACAAAACAAAUGAAAAAAGAUCUGAUGGAACUGUGGAUAGAUAAUCUGUUUGGGGAGAAAUGUGAUAUUUUGUGACUGAAAUUCUGCUGUAUUUUUAAAGUUGUGUUACGUUGUCUAGGUCCGAGUAUCGUGCCCUGGGGCACUCAGAGGAGGAGGAGAUCAAACCUCACUUCCUCUCUCUUAGCCAGGGUCUUUUGGAUUCUAUGUUAAAUUUUUGGCUUCCAUUGCAGAACCCUCACAGUUUAGUUCAUACCUAAUCCACACCCUGAGCAAGGGAGAUUGGAGUUUGAAGCAGUCCCCCUUUUGAUAUCAGUAAAUUCAGUCUCCGCAACUGUAGUGUAGGCCUGAAAUGAAAAGGAAGAUACCUAUGAACCAUUUCCAUAGGUACUCUUGGUUUCCCCCCUUAUUGUUUUCAACUGAGACUUAAUCUCAAACACCUGCUGAAAGAUUUCAGUCUGCAUUACAUUACUAAUAUCUCUGUGACUCUCCAUUAUGGUCAGUUCACAAUCAGUCUCUUUUAAAUUUACUCAAACCUGUGAUUCCAGGUUGACCUGAAUGUAAAAGUACUUCCUGAUAUUGUUGUUUUUUUAAAAUAUGUAAAUAGAGUAUCAAAUUGAGAUGCUGUUGAAAGUAGAGAACUAACCUUCAGCCACAGACAGACAGAGACCGACAUCAUACGUCAAAGUUUAGAUACUCAGCAUUAGAGAACUGGAAUGUAAUACACAUAUAUACAAUUGCAGUUUAGUCACAGGAUCCCACUUUGGUGCUAUAAGAAAACGCAUUUGAAGAGAUUUUGUUGUCGUAUCUACUGAUUUUAGUAUUUAUGGGAGAGUUUCUCUGAGCCCUCAUGAAUUAUUGGGGGCAUUUUGCGAUUUACUCACGAGACUGAGAGCGAGUGGAUAUUCAAAAGAUCCCGCCAGAGCAGAGACACAACAGUAGGAUCUUAAAAGCUGUCUGUUUUGUCUUAUUGACUUUUAACUCUCACUACAGAAAACCUUUGGACACUCUACCAAGGAAUUGAAGUCCUUAGAAUCCUGAACUUGAAAAAUAAUUGGACCUGUUUAGACAAAUGUACCUCUUAACUCCUCCUCUUCCUCUGAAUGGAGGAGCCAGGCAAUGUCUGUGCCUGUUUUGUCUGAAAGGAGCUCAGGUUGUCAUACCUCAUGUUUGUGAAGAAGGAGAAAGAUUUCCAGUUUGUAUGCAGUGCAGCAAAGUCUUGGGUGCAUUACAGAUGCCACCUCGUUCACGUCGCAGUUAAUCCCUGUUUGCGUCAGACUGGCAGCAGAGGUGCGGUGGAGGUAGUGAACGAGAGACUAAAACGACACAGCUUUUGUAACCUGUCUGAAGUCAUUCGAAGGCCGGAGGAUGCUACUGUAACGACUGUCGACCUUCAGCCUUCUUCAGUAAAGCGGUAUCGCUGCGAGGCAGGCUAACUGAUCAUAAUUCUGCUUCCUUUGAGAAACCAAACUGCAGGCCGUAGCGUCAGACGCACAGCUCCGUUUGCCCAACGUUCUAAAGCAUUGCCGGAGAGUUUCACGAGCCCUCCACAUUUUCCACUGAUCAACUGGUCAUCAGUUUCACAGACUGCUGGUGAUAGUUACUCAUUAGUUAAUUCCACAGUUGUACACUGCAUCAAAACAUUUGCUGCUAACAGCAUUUCCUGUCUUGCCAGCAAUUGGCUCUUGCAUGGAGAGUAAGCAGGAGCUCCCGUACAGGGCGAGUGAUCGUCUCUGAACCACACUGUGAAUCCAGCGGCCUGACGCUAUCGCAACUAUGGAAUGUACUGUACAUAUUUCACACCAUCGAGAAUGCGUCCACUGAGACACGGCACGGCAUGACGGAAUAAAGCAAUGGAACCGAGCGAGCACAAGAACACGGGUCACAAGGCUCUGCUGUAGGAACGUCUACCUGUAGUUUACCUUGCUCUUUCGCAAGACCAGAGGUCGCCGAGGGUCCGAUCCCCCCCCCC